CCGAAGCACUUCUGGAUAUUUAUAAAGCGAUAGAGUAUCAGGAAAGAAUCGUUAUGGGCGUACCGGGUCCUGGUAUAACUGCUCGCACUGGACUUCCACGGACGGACUUCCCGUAUCUUAUUCGCACUACAUAUAUUGCCAAUUCUAUCGGCAGAACAAUUGUCCGAUUCAUGGAUACCUUCAAUUACAGCCAUGCGUAUCUUAUAAUCGACAAAGACGAUACCUUCUAUACGGAACUGGGCGACAAUUUUCUCUAUUUCCUCCGCGGACAACGCAUAGAGCUAUAUAACCAGAUGAGUUCGUCGUAUAUUUCUCGCAGUAUUUCCGGAAAUACGUCGCUCGAUUCUCAGAUAAAAGACAACCUAAAAGCUGCCAACGAUUCCGCACGAGUAAUCGUUACGCUGGUCAAUGCGGAUACUGUCAGAAAAAUCUUGAUAAUAGCCAGCAGUUUAGGAAUGGUAAACGGACAGUACGUUUAUUUUGGAGCUGAACUGUUCAUCAGCAAAUCUUGGGGGCGGUUUUCGUGGGAACGCGGUGAUGAAUAUGAUCCGAUUGUGAAGAACGCAUUUAAAUCUCUUGUUCUGAUAUCCAUUGCGAGAACAUACCAAGGAGACAGCUUCGAGGACUUUGAGCAAGCAGUGCGAAAGCUUGCGCUGAAAAAAUAUAAUUACCGCUACGGAAUUUUUGACCAAGUUGAUCCGGUCGUGAUGGGGUAUUAUGAUGCCGUGAUUUUAUUUAGCACUGUCAUCAAGCAGCUUUACGACGCAAACCUGCCUAUCUUUAACGUGACAAACCAGCUGAACUGGAUGAAAAAUACAUCUGUAGUGACUCCUCUGCAAUCGGUGAUCAAUAUCUCUUCUUCCGGCGACAGAAGAGUCCUGUACGAUGUCAAAUUUUUCAAUGAAGCGCAAAAUUCUCAUAAUCCAUUUUUGAGAGUGGAUCCAGACAGCAACAAAAUCGAGACGAUAGGUAAACCGUUUUGGCCCCCAGCUACGGAUGGAGCAUUUCCGCCAGAUGUGCCAAGAUGUGGCUUUACUGGCUUAGGAUGCGUUAUCGAGCCGCCAAAUGUGACCCUCAUUGCUAUCGUCAGUAUAUUUGUGUUGCUGUUGGGUGGAGGAGCGAUCGGUGGAUUGGUUUAUUAUUUCCUUGUGAAGAACCGCGGUGUGCUGCAACCAAACUGGUGGCGAUAUCGCGUGCACGAAUUGGAUUUACUGGACCGAGCACCAUCGGUUAACAACGGACAAAGCAAAAUGAUGUCAGGAACGCAAGGUUCUAAAAUAACAAAAUCAUCCUAUUUCAACUCUGUCUCCGCUUGGAGAGGCGCCAUACUACAAGGACAAACGAUUGGUAUCAAAGAUGUGGCAGAUAAGACCUUUCGUCCUACUCCUGAUAUUAUUGCUCAAAUGAAUCAGAUUCAGCCAAUAAGACAUUCUAAUUUACAACGUUUUAUCGGGUUGUGUCUGGAUGAAAUCAACUGGGUUGUAUACAUCAUGGCCGAAUUUUGUCAAAAAGGCUGCUUGGAUGACCUUUUAGAUCAAAGAUCUUUGCAAAUGGACUGGUCAUUCAAGUAUUCUUUGAUUAGCGACAUUGCUGAAGGAAUGUUUUGUCUGCACGCCACACCAGUCCAGUCUCACGGUUACCUGGCAUCAUUAAGCUGCUUAAUCGAUGGCCGGUUGUCGGUAAAGGUCGCGGACUACGGUAUAACCAAAUUACACGACCCAAAAGAAGUUGCUCCACUGGGAGCGGAGCAGAAGGAUCGAGAUUAUAGUGUGUUAUUUUGGAGGGCUCCUGAAUUGCUUAAGCUGCAAAUGCCCAUUCGAGGAACACAGAAAGGUGACGUGUACAGUUUUGCCAUUAUUCUCCAGCAGAUCAUUUUGCGCUGCGGUCCCUAUGAAUCUCCCGGAAACACCGUUCAGUUAACCGACGCACCAUUCGAGCUUUUAACCGAGAUAGCUCGAUGCACGUCUCCGCCUAUUCGUCCACCUGUUCCUCGAGCUUCAUGUUCUGCUGACCUUUUUGCUCUCAUGGAGAACUGCUGGUCAGAAUUUGCUAUUAAUCGACCCACGUUCCAAAAAAUCAAAGAAACUAUACGAAGGAUUAGUGGUUUUACGGGGGGAAAUCUGGUUGAUCAUCUGCUGAAACGCAUGGAAAAAUAUGCAUCCGAUUUGGAAGAACAAGUGGCUUACAAGACGCAACAGUUUAUGGACGAAAAACUACGCAGUGAAGAGCUUCUGGGUCAAAUGCUACCGAAAGCAGUCGCACUUAGUCUGGUGAGGGGAGAAUCGGUACAUCCAGAAUUUUUCGAGAUGGUAACAGUGUACUUUAGCGAUAUUGUUGGUUUUACGAACAUCGCCGCUUCCGGUACGCCCAUGGAUGUUAUAUCGCUACUCAAUGACCUUUACACACACUUUGACGAAAUCGUUGAAAAGCACGAUGCUUAUAAAGUGGAAACAAUUGGUGAUGCAUAUAUGGUAGCCAGUGGACUCCCCAUAAGGAACGGAACUGUUCAUGUCAAAGAAGUGGCUGCCAUUGCUAUAGAGAUACUGCGCAGAAUUGAAGAAAUCAAAAUUCCUCAAAAGCCAUCUGAACAUCUCAGAAUACGGAGCGGAAUGCACUCAGGUUCAUGCGUUGCCGGCAUUAUUGGCCUUAAAGCUCCGCGAUAUUGUUUGUUUGGGGACUCUAUUAACACAGCCUCCCGAAUGGAAUCGACAGGAGAGCCUAUGAAAAUACAGACAACACAGCCUACCAAAGAUCUUUUGUUUGGAUCCCCCGAGUUCAGACUAGAAAUUCGUGGUCAGGUUGAAAUAAAGGGAAAAGGACUCAUGACAACUUACUGGCUCAUGUCUGCUCAGCCUGAGAUUGCUCCUACACCAUAGCCUUUGGCAUAUCCCGACAUAAAUUCGACUACUGAGCAGUUAGCUCUUUUUUUAACGCUGCUUAAGGUUAGCGGCAUGCAAAAGAUGUUCACGGAGAUCUUUUUUCAAGUCGAUGCGCCUAAAAACUGUGUGAAUAAAGCAAUAAUAUAUGAAGUACUGUACUCGUAAUGCUUCUACCUGUAACUAUGUUCAUGUAAUGCUUCUACCUGUAACUAUGUAAGACCUUUCUGCCGAUAUAA